GAAGGCAGCAUGUCGACGGUCUCCUCUGCAGCCCUGAAGCAGACAGCUUGGUUCCUUGGACGUCACAUGAUAACGCUGGAGGAGAGCCAGAGCUGGACCUGUAUCUCAAUCACCGCACGCUGCUAGGGCCCCCUUUAUCUGAACCAGGCAGGGAGGCGUAUCCUCCCCCCCUCCUCCUCUCUCUCUCUCUCUCCCUCUCUCCCACUCCCCUUCACAUACCACUCUGACUCCCUCUCUCUCUCACCCCAAAACUACACUUCUUCAACCUGCUUCAGACGACGCCCCAUCGCCCAUGAGACUCCUGCUGUCGCACGUCGCUGUCGCCAUUUCUCUCGUGCGCUCCCGUGCGCUCGUGCAGUGACAGAAGGGGGUGCCAGCCAAAAAAAAAGACGAAGAAGAAGCAGAAGAAGAGGAGGGAGGGAGAGGAGGAGGAGAGGGAAGGGAAGGGGGGGUGUUAAAAGAGUAUUGCGAAUUGACGUUCAGAAAUAAACAAGGAGACACCCCUGUUUGGAAGACGUCUGUGGCGGGAAGCGACAGGGAUCUGCAAGAUGGCUGAGGUGUCACAAGAGGAGAGACUCCAGGCCAUCGCUGAGAAAAGGAAGAAGCAGACAGAGAUUGAAAACAAGAGGAGGCAGCUGGAUGAUGACCGACGGCAACUCCAGCAUCUCAAGUCGAAGGCGUUGAGGGAGCGCUGGUUGUUAGACGGCGCUCCAGCAGAGGAGGAGACUCAGCAGCGUCUGCAUGAGGACGAGGUGAAGACCAAACUUCUGGAGCAGGUCAUCCUCAGGCUUGAGCAAGAGAUUGAAGAACUGGAGACAGACACUCCAGCCAAAAAGGGUGUGGCCAAAGAAAAUGGAGGUGAGAACGGGGUAGUGCAGUCCUCUGGGCAGACCCCAAAGAGAGAGGUGACAGGGAUCGAGGCCAAACUGCUGGGUCCCAGUCCGGACCAAGCCAGCGCCGACAACCCCGUCACCCUGGUGUUCAUGGGCUACAAGACGGUGGAGGAGGAGCAGGAGAACCGCGCCGUGGAAGGGGUGGACGGCAACGUGAAGGCUGAGUUCGUCGUCAUUGAGGACGGCGAGGGGAAAGCGGGAGGGGAGGCGGCCACAGACGAGCAGGCUCCACCGAACGGGAGCAUGGCGGAGAAAGAAAAAGCCAACGGAGGCGGAGAGGAUGCCGAGAAGGAGAAGGAGAAGAAACAGACCUGCAAAUGCUGCACGGUCAUGUGAGGGGCGUGCGUGUGUAUGUCUGUGUGUGGGAGCGUGUGUGUGUGUGUGUGUGUGUGUGUGUGUGUGUGUGUUUGGGUGAUUGCACACCUGUUCCUGUGCAGGCAUGUGCGCCAUUGCAUGUGUCUGUAUUUGCAGAUGUGUUUUACUUUGUGUUGUGUGGGAGUAUGCGUGUGUCAGGACUGGAAUAAGAUAACAAAAGUACAGUUACACAGCCGAUAUACCAACAAUGAGAGCCAGGACGAGCUCCAGCGACAACAACAACAACAACAACAACAACAACAACAACAAGAACCACAGAGACUCAUAAGUACACGUUACUCUGUAUACUUUCUCUGAUAUGUAUUUGACUUAUGAUUUCUAUUGAUAUUUUUCUAUUUUUCUGUCUUGACAUUUAUAUUGUAUUCAGUAUGUAUAUCUUUAUUAUGGGACUGUGUACUGUAAGUUCAUUGUUAUUAUUGUUGGAAAAAAAAGAAAAAAGAAAAUGUAUUAGCUCUCUGGAUUGUACCGCUACCCUCCGGGGCAAAUCUGGAAACGUCAAAUCAUUUAAGUCAAAACAGCAAAACUAUGAAGGACACAGACACUUAAAUAUAUAUCUAUAUUUCUCUGUGUAGGCCUACCAACUAUUUAUCGGUCAAUUUCAUAUUGCAAUAUUGUCUAAGAUAUUAUUUUAAAUAGUAUUUUAAUAUAUUGAUAUGAAAUUAUGUUUUAUACAAUGUAUUUAUUGUUUCAGGUUCUCUAUAUCAUCUCCAAUCAUUAACUGCAUGUAAGCUUGUGAGGCACUUCCAGAUUUGCAUUACAAUCAUAACAAGUGUCCGCGCUUUCUUUAGACCCAUGACGCUUCUAUCUUUAGUCACACAAGUCUUUCUAUCAGUAACACUUAAUAGAAUUGGCAGUGUUAGAAAUGUGCUUUCAAGUUAAAAAAUAAAUAAAUCUGCAGCACAGAGAUUUAAGAGGCUACGUAGAGCUGUGACCAUAAUGCAUUUAGCUUCUCAUAGAUACUAUAUGUAACACAUGUACACGGAGAUCACAGCGUUUGUAUUUUUUAAAUAAGAUGGAUACACUUAGUUUAUGGUCAUUAGAGUCACGCAGAAAAACCCAUUCCGCAAGCGUUGGGAAAUGCUUCAAUUCCUUUUAUUUUUUUGAUCUCUCAACAGUAGAACUAAUGUAAAUCUUAUGAGGUAGCACUGCAUGAAGCCUUGCAAACUGUUUGGGCUGUCUUGUCACUUGUCAGGUCUUUUUAUUCCACGCUGAUUCAUGUUCACAUGAAUGUAAAAAAAAUCCAGGGGUUAAAUUGGGAUCCGCGAAGAAGAGGAGGGGGCGGGCGUGCUUAGCUCACCGUGAAAAAGAAAGAAAGAAAGAUGAAAAGCUUUUUGUCUCUUUAUGAACCAAAUAAAAUCUGAUGAUACUGUAAUGUCACUGUGUGUUGUUGGUCGGCUACUGGUUUCUGUCCUGCUUGCUCCCAGUUUAACCCCUGACUCUUUGUAGACCUGGGCCCCAUAGCACUUGAAUAGAUUUACAGUUAAGGGGGAAAAAACAUGGGGGGAUCUUAGAGUGGGUCUUUGAGAAAAGGAAUGUAGUCUUGCCCAGUAAACCAAGCUUUACAGUAAAUUUAUUAUAGGCCCCAUUGUGUACGGAAAGCCACUCUAACCAUUGUAAAUUGUAUAGUUUGCUUGCAAGACAAUUGUGCAUGUUUACUAAAGCAAAUCCAACCCCAGAAGGCCUGUUGAGAUACAUUUUGGCCCGUGUCUCCUCCCUCAUUUGUCAGACAGAUCCAGUUGUGCUGUGAUUGAUGACAUGCUGAUAGAGAUGCUAGGCCAUCAAUUGCUUCCGUCGUUCCCCAGUCUUGUCCAUGUCUCUGAUUCACCCUCCACUAUCACCUUUGUCUCAUUAUCACACUUUGACAACCUCACAUCACCGAACGCACACUGCCCCACCUUCUAUGCUCGGAGACACACACGCAGUACAAAAAAACCUCUGAAGUUGGUGCUAAUCCACUCUCGUCUGACACACUCCAUCCACCAACUUAUUUUUCUUUUCAGCUCAUUCCCUCUCAGUCUCACUCACAGGGGGAGGGGGGUGCGGAUUGUGGGAAUAUACUGCCUCCUGCAUUCACAUGUUGAUAAAAGAGAGACUAUUGCAACCUUCAGUGCCAGAUGCAUUCUCUCAAGUCCUGCCGGCAUUUACCACCAGAGAAAUGAUCCCUUCUUACAUUCCACAGGGGGGUCAGCAGGCGUGGACCGAUGAAAUAUAGCCUAUGCUUUCCAUAUGUGCAGUUCAAAUGUAAUUGUACAACUUGCAACUUUGUUUCUUAUAUUGACUCUCAUGUUUUUUUUUUCUUUUCCUAUGGCCUCUUUGCAAGGCAGUAUAUUGUAUUUGAUGUGUGUAUUUUUAAAAAAAGAUAACUACAUCUGUGUAUUGUUGGUGCCUUUUGUCAGGUUCAGUUGGUUGGACUUGUCUGUCUGCCGCCAUUUUUAGGCUGGGGGUUUUUCUUGCUCUGCUCCUGGUCACGAUGACCCCACUGCCUUCUAAUCUCCUGAUACUACACAACAAUGCUAGAAUAUAGCAAUCAUUUUAUAUAAAUGCAGCUCAGACAAUAGAUAAAUAGAUGCACACUUCUGUUGGUGUCUUUAAAAUACUCUAAUACAGACGACUACUAGAAGACUACGUUUUUGCCAGGAUAAAAACUUUAUGCAGGAGACUUACGGACAGUUUAUGUGUUAAUGUACUGUAUAUACACAUGUAUAUAUGUGUGCAUCUUUAUAGGUAUACAUCUGUACACAUUGUACAUUUGUUGAGCCUCAGCUAUGCUAACUAGUGGGUCUCUGGGGCAGCAGCAGAAAAAGCAACCUCGUGUUAGACCAAUGCCUGUUCAUCUAUUCUGUGGUUGUCUCAAUGUUUAAUCUCGAAUAAAACUACUGUUUGUUUACAGCAA